GGUCGAAAUCGGAUGUAAUGCUAUUCCGAUCAACCGCUUUGUACAUAAGAUCCAUCUCUCGAAACAGGAGACGAGAAUUUUUGCCAGGAAAUUAGAGAGACAAAGGAACAUGUUGCCUCUAGAGUCUGCAGACGACGCACUUUCCUCAUACGAGGUACUGGUCUCGCUAAUACGAGGUGAGGCUAUGGAAUGCGCUAGCGGUGAGUCCUCUCAUCCCAAGACGAGGACGGUUCUCCCGCGCCGCAGGCCGGCCCCAUGGUGGAACGAUAUUUGUUCUCGUGCGGUGCAACAACGCAAACAGGCAAUGGAAGCUUACAAGCAUCGUCCGACGGCAGAAAAUUACUCCGUUUAUAGAAAGUGUUCCGUGCCAUCGAAAAGGCAUUGGCCAGCAUAUUCUCGUUCCUUAGGGAUAGAGGUUUGGAACUCUCUGCAUCAAAAUCGCAGGGUAUAAUAUUUACGCGAAAAAGGAGGUUUGUAUUGCCUAAGCCAGCUUUUUCAGUGAAUGGUCAGGACAUCCCUAUGGUUUCGGAGGUCCGGUUUCUCGGGGUCGUGCUGGACUCGCGACUGGAUGGUUCUAGUCAAAUUCGAGCCUUGAUCAGCAGAGGACGUCGGAUUUCUCAUAUAAUCGCUUUCCUCGCUGGUACUAGAUGGGGCGCUCAUCCGCAGUGUUUAUUGACAUUAUACAGAUCUUUGUUCAGGGGAUCUAUAGAAUAUGGUAGCGGUAUUUUUGAAUAUCGUAAUAAGGGCGAGUUAUUUUUAACAUUACAGCGUUUACAAUAUAAGUUAAUAAGAAUAUCUCUAGGUUAUCGUAUGUCGACACCUAUUAAUGUAAUGUUGGUGAAAGCUAAGGAGAUGCCGUUAUAUUUAAGGUUUAGACUGUUAAUACAGAAAUAUUUAACUAAGAAUGCGUCGUUAAAAUUUAAUCCUGUUAUCGAUAGUUUUUGGGAUUUACAGGAUUCGUUGAUAGGUUUUACUAAAUAUAAUUAUGCGUUGAGAAAUAUCCCUGGCUUUCGUGUUUUUGCUUCAAUGGAUUCUACCUUUUCCCACAUCCAUAGGUCUAUUUCCGUUCCUGCCUUUUCACAUAAUUUUAAAGCAAUGAUUUGUCGUCCGAAUAUUAAAUUUUUGGAAUUCGGAGUCGGCGACCGCGAUUCUGUAUUGGAGGUCAACGCGAAAUUCAAUGAAUUUUGUCAGUCACAUUAUGUGGGAUAUGUAUCAUUUUAUACAGAUGGCUCAAAAGUCAAUUCAGCUGAUGUCCCGGUCGGUUCUAGUGUUUUUUCACCAGAAUUAAAAUUCAUUAUUAAACAUAAGUUGCCGCCAGUUACAUCUAUAUUUUCCGCUGAAGCAUGGGGCAUUUCUGAGGCUAUAUCGAUUAUUUUACAAUUUAAUUGUUAUAAAUCGGUUAUUUUUACAGAUUCUCAAAGUGUUCUCGAUAUCCUUUCUUCUCCGGCAUUAAAUCAUCCUAAUUAUAUAAUUGCUACAAUUAAGUCCAAAUUGGAACAGGCCGCGCGCCUCGAUUUGGAGAUUGUGUUUAUUUGGGUGCCCUCGCACAAGGGAAUUUUGGGAAACGAGACGGCGGAUCGUUUGGCAAAAGAGGCCACUGGGGACGGCCUUAGACCUUAUUUUAAAGUUCCCUAUACGGAUUUAUUUGCCAAGAUUAAAGAUUCGCAUGUUUUACGGUUUGAGACUUAUCUGCAAGGUAAAGCGGCUCUCACAGGUUCGCAUUAUUUUACUCAUUAUCAUUUAGCGAGACGUUACCCAUGGUAUUAUCAUAAACAAUUGAAUAGACAAACUAUUGUAUUAUUAAACAGGCUGCGUAGCAACCAUUAUAAUUUAAAUUAUAGUUUAUUUCGUAAAAAUAUAGUUUCGUCUGGGGGCUGCACGUGCGGUAAUCCACGUCAGGAUAUGAACCAUGUGAUUUUGUAUUGUCUGUUAUAUCGAGAUAGAGCUUUGUUUUUGAUUACUUUUAUUCAGUCUCAGUAUCAUCGUCUUUUUAAUGACAUAACUCCUUUGCUGCAUGAUCCACCUGCCAAGUUAUGCCGGCUUUUAGUUGCAUUUUUCAAAUCUGUCCAACUGUUUCCUUAAUCCUUCCCCUUCUUAUUCCGCGCGCAAUCAAUUCAACAACUGUACGUUGGACAACCUGACUGGGUCCGAGUCACUGCGCAAUUUUGCUGUUGGCCAU